GCGGCGGCGGGCGAGGCGGCGGCGGCGGCGGCGGCGGGCACGUUCGUGCAGCGGCAGCUCGGGGCGAUGCUGCAGCCCGCCGUGAACAAGUUCUCGCUGCGCAUGUUCGGCAGCCACCGGGCCGUGGAGAUCGAGCGGCAGCGGGUGAAGUCGGCGGGCGCCUGGAUUAUCCAUCCCUACAGCGACUUCAGGUUUUACUGGGACCUCAUCAUGCUGCUCCUGAUGGUGGGGAAUUUGAUCAUCCUGCCCGUGGGCAUCACCUUCUUCAAGGACGAGAACACCCCUCCCUGGAUCGUUUUCAACGUGCUGUCGGACACUUUCUUCUUGGCUGACCUGGUGCUGAACUUCCGGACAGGCAUCGUGGUGGAGGACAACACGGAGAUCAUCCUUGACCCUCACACCAUCAAAAUGAAGUACCUGAAGAGCUGGUUCCUGGUCGACUUCAUCUCCUCCAUCCCCGUUGACUACAUUUUCCUCAUCGUUGACCUGGAGACCCAGGUGGACUCUGAUGUCUACAAGACGGCGCGGGCGCUGCGCAUCGUGCGCUUCACCAAGAUCCUGAGCCUGCUGCGCCUGCUGCGCCUCUCGCGCCUCAUCCGCUACAUCCACCAGUGGGAGGAGAUCUUCCACAUGACGUAUGACCUGGCCAGCGCCGUGGUGAGGAUCUUCAACCUCAUCGGGAUGAUGCUGCUGCUGUGCCACUGGGACGGCUGCCUGCAGUUCCUGGUGCCCAUGCUGCAGGACUUCCCUGGGGACUGCUGGGUCGCCAAGAACCACAUGGUGAACGACUCGUGGGGCAAGCAGUACUCGCACGCCCUGUUCAAGGCCAUGAGCCACAUGCUGUGCAUCGGCUACGGGCAGCAGGCGCCCGUGGGCAUGUCGGACGUGUGGCUCACCAUGCUCAGCAUGAUCGUGGGGGCCACCUGCUACGCCAUGUUCAUCGGCCACGCCACCGCCCUCAUCCAGUCCCUGGACUCGUCCCGGCGCCAGUACCAGGAGAAGUACAAGCAGGUGGAGCAGUACAUGUCGUUCCACAAGCUGCCCGGGGACACGCGCCAGCGCAUCCACGAGUACUACGAGCACCGCUACCAGGGCAAGAUGUUUGACGAGGAGAACAUCCUGGGGGAGCUCAGCGAGCCCCUCAAAGAGGAAAUCAUCAACUUCAACUGCCGCAACCUGGUGGCCAACAUGCCCCUGUUUGCCAACGCCGACCCCAACUUUGUGACAGCCAUGCUGACCAAGCUGCGCUUCGAGGUCUUCCAGCCCGGGGACUUCAUCAUCCGCGAGGGCACCGUGGGCAAAAAGAUGUACUUCAUCCAGCACGGCGUGGUCAGCAUCCUCACCAAGGGCAACAAGGAGACAAAGCUGUCUGACGGCUCCUACUUUGGGGAGAUCUGCCUCCUGACGCGGGGCAGGCGCACGGCCAGCGUGAGAGCCGACACCUACUGCCGCCUGUACUCGCUGUCCGUGGACAACUUCAACGAGGUGCUGGAGGAGUACCCCAUGAUGCGCAGGGCCUUCGAGACCGUGGCCAUGGACCGCCUGGACCGCAUCGGGAAGAAGAACUCCAUCCUGCUCCGCAAGCGAGCCGAGCACAGCUCGGGACCCCUGAACAACGAGAUGAUCCAGCAGAUCGUGAAGCACGACCAGGACAUGGCCCACAACAUCCAGGACCUGCAGCAGAUGGCGAUGGGGCGGGAGCUGAGCGGCAAGCCGGUGAUUUGGGAGCCGCUGGUGCACGCCCCGCUGCAGACAGCCGCCGCCACCACCAACGUGGCCAUCGCGCUGACCCACCAGCACAGCCUGCAGGCUCACAUCUUCCUGCCGCCCUCCUCCAUCUCCAGCCCGCUCUCUCCCGAAGCCACCCUGCUGGCCAAGCCCGUGCGCCGCUCCCAGCCCAGCCUGGGCGGCUCCCGGCCCUCCUCGGUGGGCUCUCCCUCGGGGGCUCCGUCCCACCUGCAGACGCCGGCCGCCGGUUCUCCUUCCUCGCCCAUGGUGCAGCCGCAGGAGAGCGGGGCGCAGAGACCCAGCGCGGGGGCGCAGCCCCUGCCCCGCGCGGCGCAGAGGGGGGAGAUGCCAGCGGGGCCCAAGCAGCCCCCGGGCGGCCCCCAGCCCCAGCUGUCGCGGUCCCGAGGCGCCUCGCUCUCCACCUCGCUGCUGCAGCAAGCGGCGGGCGCUGCGUCCCCCAGCUCCGAGCAGGCGCUGCCGCCGGGGAGAACGCUCCACUACAGCCUGUCCCGAGCCACCGGCUCCCACAUCUCGCUCCUGAUGCAGCCCCAGCAGCUGGUGAAGCACAGGAGCAUCCAGGGGCUGCCGGUGGGGCGGCUCACGCAGGAUGUCCGGCUCCUCUCUGCCUCCCAGCCCUCCCUCCCCAACAAAGUGGCCCAGCAAGCCGACGGCAGCUCCUUGAAGCAGGGCAGGAAAUCCGCAGGGAACCUGGCCCGCAGGUCCUCGCCCUCGGUGGCCGGACUGCUGGCCAAGCCGUGCGCGGGGAUGGGCGGCCAGCCCGCACACCCUCCGGCGGCGCUGGCUCAGCCCGCCCGCUCCGCGCCCGCGCCGCAGUCCCCGGGCUCCGCGACCCGGCCGCCGGCAGCUCCCUCCCGCAAGGGCUCCGUGGCCUUCAGCCCCGAGGUGGAAACGGCGAAGCCCAAACUGCCGUCCAACAUGUGAGUCGCUAGGAGGGGCAGGAGC